GUGAAAUGGGAGAAGGCGGCACAGAAGCUCAUCUCGAAACGAGCACUGUAAGCAAGUAAAGGACGGCUAGAGAAAAUAAGCGAGAUGCAGCAAUGUUUGAACGUCAAAAACCCUCGCCUUGCCCAACGGGAUUCAAUUUUUUGACGGCUCCAGGGUAGCUGUUGGGGGCUUCGAGUUGGCAUCUUUUGCGGUGUUUGUUAUGAUUUUGUGUAGAGUAGAAAAUAAAAGUUUGUAUUCGUUCUUUCAAUGUUUACCAUCACUGACUAUGAUUAUGAUUGCACGAAAAAGUGUCGUCUAGUGAGACAUGGUAACGCCAUCACGGCGGCCCUUACCAAGCGCGCUGUUUCGGACGAGUUGCUGGCUGCAUACAUCGCCAAAACAUGUCGCAACUUUACCCACGUCCUCGACGAAUAUGGUCGGUCGGCACUGCAUAUGGCCGCAUCGGUCGGUCGUUCGGCCAUCGUCGAAUGGUUAAUAAACCAGGGAGCCAGUAUAACGCAAAAGGAUCUAGAGUCCGGUCAUACGCCGCUGCACCGUGCCAUGUACUAUGGCAACGUCGGAGCGGCUGUUGCGCUUGUUAAGCAUGGUGCGGCACUCGAUGCGCCGGAUGAAGACUUCGUUAAUCCGAUGCAGCUGUGCAGCAAUGUGUCUGAGCAGCGGGCUAGCAAGGACGGUUGUGAGCGUAUUGCAAUCGGAUCCGAGCUGAUGAUCUGGGGACAGAACAAAAAUUACAACCUAGGCAUUGGAAACGCACAGGAUAAAGGCAAUCCCGAGAGCAUGGAGUACUUCCGCAAAACGCGUACCACCAUCCGGAAGCUAGAGAUCAGCUCGUACCAUAGCGUGUUUUUGACACACAAAAUGGGAGAGUUGUAUGCCGCAGGUCAUGGCGUCGGAGGACGGCUGGGUCUAGGAAUGGAGGACACCAUCGCCUACCCGAUGAAGGUUCCGGUGCCGCUGAGAGAUAACGAGCGUAUUACGGACAUUGCCGCGGCGAAGCAUCAUACCCUCAUCUUGACAGAUAAUAAUCACAUUUAUUCUUGUGGCGAGAACAAGCACUGCCAACUGGGACUAAAGCCACCGCCAGCAAAUCUGCUUAGCUUCAAGGAGAUUACGGGUCAUUCCAGCUUAUCAGGGAAAACAAUCAAGCGUGUCAUUGCGAUGGACUACCAUUCGAUCGCCGUCCUGGAGGCGGACAUUUAUGUGUGGGGUCUUAACGGCGGCCAGUUUGGCUUGAAGCGAGAUUCUCGCAGUGACAUGAUCGUGCUGCCGAAACCGAUCCCGCUAAUACCGGAGGGAACGAUGCUCAAGGAUGAUGGUAGCGCCAUAAAGCGUGACACCACCAUCAAGCUGAUCGAGUCAAGCAAUGGAGCCAUCGUUGUGUAUACGAUGAAAAACUUUCUGCACAUUUUCAGUGGCUUCAAGGUGAAAACCUACAAAAAGCCCUUAAUGGAGAAAAUAGAAUGCCUUUCGGUGGCGGGUGGCGAGCUGCAAACCGAACAGGAGGACGUUGUGAAACGUUCAGGGGAUCUGCGUGUGCUAGUCUUUACAACGUCCCGUAACAUCUACAUCUGGUACGAGGAUUGCCAACAGUUUGUGCGGUGCGUGCUUGCCCAGUCGCGCAAUCUGGAGGUGGAAAAGAUUCGCUGGUGCUCACAGAACGCCCUGGUGCUGCUGCUUGGCAAUCUGUACCAGGGCAUCAUCACCAACAAGCUGCCCCGUUCGGCAAAGCACCAGUUCAGCGAGUUCAAGGAAACGUGCACACGCAAGGAGCUGUGCGAAACAAUGCAAAGCCGCAUAGAGCUUCGGCGCAUACGCAAUUUGUGCAACGUGGUGGAUUUUGCUUGCGAUGCGGAUGGUGAGAACUACGCCGCAUUGGUGGAGAAUACGCGACGCUGCUUUUGCGUGCCGGAGUUGGUAGAAUCGAACUACGAUUACGGCACAUUGUUAGCCGACACCACCGAAAUGGACGGUGUGCACGAUGUGGUGUUCUACGUCGAAGGUGAACCGUUUCCGAGCCACCGUUUCAUUCUGUAUCAUCGAUCGGAAGCGCUGCGUACACUGUUGCAGCAGCACCCAGCACAGAAAGAAUACGAUCUACAGGACUACGGGUUCGCUGGUAUGACGACGGGAGCGUUUCGACUAAUCAUGCGUUAUCUUUACACCAAUCAACUUAUCGCACGGGCGGACGUCGAACGAUUACUGAUAAAACCGGGCACAGAUCCGACCGCGGUACGAACUUCUGAACUAAGCGGCAUGUGUCGCAAACUAAAGGAACAGUUCGACAAGCUCCAACUGGAUGUCUUAUCACAAUCGGUUAAAACCUUACAAGUAGAGCCUCCUAUCGAACCGUUUCCGAAGCUACGGCACGAUUCCUACCCGGAGCUGUACGACAUUGCCAUUGAGCUGCAGGACGACAAGAAGCUUCGUGCGCACAAAUGCGUGUUGGUCGCACGGCUCGACUAUUUCAACAUGAUGUUUGCCCACAGCUGGAUGGAAAAGCGCACAACGGUCGACCUGCGGACGGUGCCGCGUGAGUAUAUGGACGUUAUCGUACCCUUCCUGUACGAUAAUGAUUAUGGGCGCGUUCGAAGGCAACGUUACUCGGAGAAUUUUAUUCUGAGCAUGAUCAUCAUUUGCGAUCAGUUUCUGAUCGAAGAGCUUAAAAGCAUUUUCGAGACGAUCCUCGGCCAACGUGUGCACCUGCGCAACGUGGGCGAAUUGCUCGAGUUUGCCUACCAGUACAACUGCGAAGUGCUAAAGAGCGUGUGUAUGCAGUAUGUCAGUGUAAACUUUGCCCGGCUGCUCGAGUGGCAUUUACUGGACGGGCUAGAUCCCACCAUGCUGGCACAGAUCGAUCGGUUUUAUAAGGAAUUCUUCCGCCUGUCCGAUUGCCGUACGAUCACUCCCUUUGCGGAUGCGAUAGGUGACGAGGAGCUGGAACAGUUUGUGAGCGACUUCCGGAUCGAUCUCGAACAGAAGGCGACAGACCACCCACCGAAUGCGUCCGAACGCUCCACCAAACUAACUCCGAAAGGUAAACAGAACAAUAUGCCCGCUCUCUCGAAGCUGCAGCGCGAGAAAAGAAACUAUGAAAAGGAAGCGAUGGCGUACCUGGAACGGUUGGUGCUGGAAGAAGCCGCUGCCGUGAAGGAACGAAAGACUUCGGCCAGCAAGACAACCAACAACGCUUCUUCCAUCUACAGUCCACCCUCGUACAAGGACGAUAAAUCUCCCGAUCGCCCAGUGCCGGAGGAACGGUCGGCGAACAAAUCGUGGCAAACGGUGUCGGCCGAUGCGAAACGGAAAGCUGCCCUUACUGCCGCCCUGCGUGCGAACGAACUUAUGAAGGAGGAAGCGAAACAGCCGGCUAACGAAAGCUUCGCCAGCCUUCGAACGGUGCUGGAGCGUAGUCCUACAGCUCCGCAGCUGAUACCGGUCCGGUCGCCCGAUGAAGGGUACGAAUCGGCUAGCAACGUGCCGCGAGCGACUACACUCAAUCUGAGUGACUUUACCCUUCAAAACGGGCGAUUGUCGCAAAAGCAGCGCAAGCGACUCAAUUCGGAAAAGUCCAGGUUGGCCAAAUCGGCCAGCCAGGAGGCAAACGGACAACCGCAAACGCCUGAAAUGCCAGUAGUGAACCCGUGGAAAAAUGUCACGAGUCCACCGGCAGCGGAUCUGUUUAAAUCCGGUGCCGAUCCAGUCCUGGGUUCCGAUACGGCAUUAUCCGCCCGUAGACAGCGGAAGAGCAGCACAAACGAGCAGAGCAAAGCUGUCGGAUUGCAGCAGCCGGACGACGACAUGUUUCCUGCAAUUAAUUCGACGGAAGACCAAACCACCGGUACAACGGCCGUUAGCGUGCAUCCUCAGCGGCAGCGCAGCUCUCGGUACGGCGAGGGAGAGACCGAUUUUAACGUGAUUCUAGAAGACGAACGACGGCAAAAGCGCUACUUUGAGAAGAUCAAAUCGAAGUCCCUCGUUGAUACGCAAAUCGAGGAGCAGGCUAUCGAAGAGCUGCGCGCAUUCUACAACGUGGACCAUGUGUUCGAUGAAACCAUCACUAUCGAACGCUAUCGACCGCCGUUGUUGGAGAAUGGGCCGAACUUAGCGGUGUGGCAAUAUCGGUAAAGUUACCGGGGGGUGACGGGGUAUCACCCAACCAUGAUGCUAUGAGCUCACUUGCAAAACCUGUAUUUUGAUAUCAGGGGGUUUCUACUGUAAUUUUCUGUGUAUUUAUGUGAAUAGAGUGACAUUAUGCGCAGCAUCAAAGUAAAUUUGUUCGUAUAUUUAAGGUUGGAAAGAAAUGGGCGAGUAGCGUCUAUUCCCGACGCGGUAGUGCGUCAAAUCGAUACUAUUUUCUGCAAGAAUUGUCUAAAGCAAAAUAAAUUAAUAUUUUGCUAAAAAAAAUUACAGAAACAGUAUAAAAGACACGGUAUAUUUCAGCAUGAAUCGUGUUACUCAGAUAAUCAAAUAAAUAACAUUAAAUCAAAAUAACCAUUUAAAAAUGAUAUUCGAUUUACGCGUAUGUCUUAGGAAUACAUAAACCGCGUAAAUUGAAAAUAGACUGUACUAGUUAAUUAGACCCGGUUACAGAGCUAAGAAACGUAAUUCCGAAGUGCUCCAUCAAUCUAAUGGGCAUCGCAAGAGAAACCGAUUCCUCUACCCAUACUGCUGAUGAAACUGAUCAUGAUCCCAACCCGUUUUGAAACUGAUGCUGACCCCAUACCGGUACUGGGACCGAACUCAUCCUGAAACUAAGUCCUCAAGCUGGUACUGAACCCAUAUUAGACUCACAAAACCCGUAGCGGUCUGUUAACGGAAUACAGUCUGAACUCACUGGUUGAACUUCGAUUCCCUUCCAACUAUUGAAUAUGUACUUUUUAGUUGGCACGUUUUUCCAUAACGUUCCAUUCCAUUGCCGAUGGAGAGCUAAAAUUUUGAGUUAUCGUUAUCAGUCUUUGAGGCGGUUUCCAAUGACCGAUCGAUGACGACCGAUAGUUCAUUCUGUGCAAUGAUUCACCGAUGAACAGGUUUUUGGUUCAUUUUUAGCCUAAAUUUGUCCACUGGGAGACCGUUGAAAUUCAUUUUUGUUCAUUUCAGAGUUAUUAUAGUUCAUUUUUGUUCAUUUUUUAUUCAUUUCAUGAUUUUUUUGUUUCCUGGAUCGUGUUAUACAUAUAACUGAAGUUCAUCGCAAACUAUCGAUCAUCAUCGAUCGUUGGUCAGAAAGGGUCUCUACGUAUCGCGAAUGUUAACGAUAAUGAUAACGUGUACGAAACGAAUUCGACAGCAAGACUUGCAGCACUGGUGAAGUAACAGGUUGUUAAACCUUAAACAUAGAUCAAUAUAAAUAACAAUACAGAAAGAAAGUCCAACUUCUUGUUAUUUUCUCGUUUUUGUUCCGUUGUCUUUAUUGUUGAAAUCAAUGUUUUAUAUGCGUUUUGCUCUUUCUCUCCUUCCUCUUUCAUCGUUUCUUUACCGUUGUUGUUCUUGUUGUUGAUGUGUGUCGCCGUGUGUGGUUGGAUUAAUUAUGUUUUAAGUGUGUUGUUGUUUGCAUUUCUAGCUUGCAUGCUGCUUUGAUUUGUUUUCUUCUCCUACUUCUUUGUUAAAUGUGUUUUGUGUGUGUUUUAAUUAUGUUCUUUCAGAUUAUUUGCUCCUUCUCAAAUAGGGUGCGCUAAUAGCGGCGACCGAGACUUUUCAAACCUUUUUUCUUCCCUUUCUUCAUCCUCUGCUGUGUUGUUAUCGGAGUUUCAGCUCAGUGCAUUGACGCUACGAUAUUCAUAAGCGAUCACACCCCUCACCUUUUUAUAUUUACUUGUUUGUUUUUUUUUUUUAAUUUGCAAAUCUUAUACUGUUUUAACUGGUGCUUUUCACAAGGUUUUAUGUUUAACCAGUUGAUGCGCGACAGCUGCGCAUGUAUCUUUAUAGUGAUUCUAGCUAACACUUCCGCUGCUGCUACGUCUGUUUGCUUUAUAUAUGCUAGUUGUGUGUUUUUAUGCUUGCGUGUAACAUUGUG